UUGUCUUUGUAAGCCUCAUCCCCCUGCCUCUUACAAUCUUCAAAGUUCAAUCUUCCAAGUACUGGGCUGGAAAAGCAGCAAGAGGUCUCAGCUGUCAAGCAGAAUCAAUCUGUGGUCAUGCUGUUUAAGAACUUCAAGAAUUUGCUCUUUUGCUAGGAUUGUUGUUAGUAUAUUCAGGAAUUUAAUGCCUACUGGAUCACUUGAAGUGCACAAAUGAUUAUGGCAUAAGACAAGCAGGAUAUGAAGGAAUGAGUAGAAAGGAAAAGUUAAAUUAAGAAUAAGAAGAUAAUACUUUCAGCAAUAAUAUUGAGGCUCCUUUUUUAAUAAAACGGGCCAUAACACACUUAAAAAAACAAUCUGACUGAAACCUGUAUUGAGAUAAUUUUUGUUUAAUUGUUUUUCAAGAAAGGGACUUAGCCUGUUAUGCCCUGGGUGAAUGGGCUGACCUCUGAGGCCAUGGGUUGACCUGGGGGUGGGACUGACUCUGACCCUGCUCCGUUUCACAACAUGCUGCUGCCUAGCUGGAGCCACCAACACUCUCAGUACUUGACUACAGUACAGUACUUGACUAAGUACUUGAAUAAGCACUUGAAUCUUCAGUGCUUCAGGAAAGCAUGUCUGAUCCUGAACCUAAUGCUACCAUAGUUGAAAAGUCAGGUCAGGCCACAUCUGACACUGACCCACCAACUGAAGGAGAUGGAGCAGACGGUAAAUCGGCGGCAGCGGACCAGGCCCCUGCAGACGCGCUGCAGGCUGCCGGGGACGCCGGUGCCGCGGGUAGCGCAGCCCAGGAGGACGGCCCGCAGCAGGACGAGGCCGCGCUGCCGGCGCGGCUGUCACUCUCCGAACCGCUGCCGAGCGGCCAGCUGGGCCGGCUGGCCGAGCCGGACGAGUCGUGCUUCGUGUGCGGCCACCGGUGGCAGAACAGCCUGCGUUACCGGCUGACGCGCGACGUGUACAUGUUCGCGCUGCCGCGCCAGCCGGUGCAGCGCCGCGACUGGCUGCUCUCGCUGCACUGGGGCCGCGCAUCGGCGCCGCCUCCUGACGGCCGGCUCUGCUCGCUGCACUUUGGUCCCAGCGACUGCCGCUCUGUGCCCGGCGAGCGCAACACGGCCCAACUGCUGCCCAUCGCCAUGCCGCGCAGGCGGUACUACGACACCCAGGAGGAGGAGCCGGCCCGCGCCUGCUCCUAUCCGCUGUGUCGCGGCCAGCGGCGCCAGCUGCUCGCCAUACUGAGCGAGAUCCAGGAGCGGGGCAGCGGCCAGCUGCGCCGCGCCGUGCGCCCCUACUGGAGCCGCCGCCGGUACCCGCUGCCAGAACCGGGACCCGUCAAUGAGGCCUGGGUGGAGCUGUUCACGGAGGCGCUCAACGAUCGGCCCAACGUGCCAGAUGAGGUGGAGCUCUCGUUCCUGUGUGCGCUGCACUUUGCUCCCAAGUGGUUUCGCUGGGAGAACCGCGGCCGACCCAGGAUAACCUCAGAGCCGCUCGGCGAGCCCAAACUGGACAAAUACGCCGAGCCCACCAUAUUCUCCUCUUCGGCGCUGAUCGGUGGACUAAAACUGGCACUGGAGAAGGACCUGAAACAGCAGCAGCUGAACAAAACGCUGGAGAAGAAUCAGCCGGAGUUGGAGGCUGACCAGAAGCCAGCAGCACCUGUCAGACAGCCCGAGUCCGGCGAGCCGCGCUGUGGGUACCCGCACUGCGGCUCCGACGCUAGUCCGGUGCUGUUCACCGUACCGACAGCCGAGGAGGAGCCCGAGAGGCGCCAGCUGUGGAUCCGCUCCCUGAGGGCGGUGGUCGGAGCACUGGGGCAAGACGCCGGCGGAUUCAACCCCGAGACAUGCACCAUGCUGUGCUCCAACCACUUCGGUGAAGACACUAUCACCCGUAUGGAGACGGACGGACAGACGGUCAUCUCGCUGGACGCACGCGCCGUGCCAGUGCGGUUCCGCAGACCGGCGCCGGACGCAUCUGCCUCGGCCGCCAAGCGGGCGCGUCUGACGCCGUCCGUAGUCAGCUGGCCGGACGAGCUGGGACGGCUGGUGGAGACGGCAGCGCUCCAGAUGGAUGAGGAGCAGGAGUCAUCAGAUGAGGAGCGGGAUCCUCAGGAGGUGGCCAAUGAGGCGGCGCGCCAGCAGCAGCCGCCGGGCGGCGACGGCGUGCCUGAGGUGGAGCUGCACAUCAAGAUGGAGCCCAUGCCGCCGGAGCCCCCCACGCCGCUCCGCCGCGGCCGAGGACGCGGCAGGGGCAGGGGCCGCGGCCGGGGUCGGGGUCGCGGUCGGCCCUCCUCCCCCGCCCCUCCUCCCUCCGCGGCGGCCCCGGCAGCGACGCCGGCGGUGCGUCGCCCGGUCGGCCGUCCGCCGUCAUCGAGCACUGCUGCUCAGCGGCAGCUGGGCCAGGUGAUCCGCGCAGCCGCCGCCGGGCACUUCGACUCGUUCCGCGCCCUGGACCAGCUGCUGUCUGCCGACCCUGAGGAGCGACCGGCGCGGACCUCUGCCGACCAGCUGCUCCGAAUGUGUCUGAUGCUCCGGCUCAAACAGGGAGCCUAUCACCGGGAGAAAGAGCAGUACGUCGUCACCGAGAACCAGGAGGAAGGGCCGCAGGACGGUGAGGAGAUGGUGGUGGAAGCGGCGGACGCGGCUGCCUAGGAGCUGGGGAGAGCGGGGAGUGGGAUGAAGUCAUGGAGGGAUGGGAGAGUGGGUGUUUAAUGUACAAAGAUGGCGGUAAAACGUGAAGCACAUGCUUCAGCUUCCAGGGAAUACACUGCAAUGGGCGUGCUGUUCAUGGAAUGUUGGCCUUAAGUCGUAGCUCCUGGUCGGGGUCGGGUCGGGGUCGGCAUAAUCAUCUGUGCUUCACGUUGGUAAAAACAACACUACGUUAGUGUUGAGGGAAGCUGGUCACCAAGACAUGCUAUUUGUUAAGGGUUAGCUAGCUCCAUUUUCAGUCAAGUGAAUCCAUUAGUAGGGAUACAUGCCUAUUCAUCUCAUUUCCACGUCAUUAUCACGUCAUCGCCAAUACACUCGAGUUGACUGA